AUGAUCCCAAAUCUCGGCUUUAUCUGGGUCAUCUUUGAUCGGAGUAAGCUUGAUGGCCCACCAGCCGAGGUAAUCUCCCAGAAAGAAAGAUCAACGCCAGUCGAGGUGGCCAAUGGCUAUAUUGGGUCGACUGACGUCCGUCUUUCACUAGCUGACAGGGGAAGACCUGCUGAUGUGAUCACAUUGACUAGUGAACAAUACCUGGAGCUCUCUGAUCUUUUGAUCAAUAAGACAGAUUUUGCUGGGAUAGAACUGGCUGUAAAGAGCACUAGAGAAUGGAUCGACAAGGUCAAGGAAUUAUCUGGAGCUUCAAAGGUUGGUGUUUCGGUUGAGGGACAGUUGCCUUUGCAACCUGACCAUCGUCCGAGUGAGGAUCAGGCUGCAGCACAAGGGUCCGGCACAAUAUCUGACAUGGUCAACAUACCGCCGGUCAAUAUCCUGCGUGCCGUGAAGAAGAGAAAACGUGUAUCGGACGGACGUGGUGAGGAAAACCCAACCACGAACGAUCUAGCUCAUGGGUUGGUCAAGAUCAACGACCAGCCAGGAGCACAAGCAGCUCCUCAGGCGACCAGUUCAGAUGCUGCUAACUUAUUGUCAACUAAUCUCGUUCGCAAGAAGUCUAAGCUGCAACUUUGA